CCUCUCUCUCUCUCUCUCUCUCUCUCUCUCUCUCUCUGGGCUGAACGGAACUUCCUUCCUGACUUGGACCAGCGUGAAAACAAACACCGAGAGGAAUGUAUAAAUGCGCAACUCUGUUUCGGCUUCGGAUCAUCGAUUGGAGCCGUUCGAUACACCCGGAGGUCACAGUUAGAAGUCACCCUCACUCCGCCGACAUGAAUCUCGCGACUCCGGCUCUGAUUUUCUGCGCGCUGCUCCUGCAGGAAGCUGCCGCCUCCCGGCGCGCCAGCUGCUCCGCGGGUCUCUGCUGCUUCCAGCACUCGGCGGACUUUGAAGCUGCGGCGAAAGCCUGCGAAGAGUCGAGCGGACAGUUGAUCCGGUCCGUUUCUGACGAGCAGAUGGGCGCGUUGGAGCGUCUGGUGAGAACGUUCACGGGGAGGUUCUGGUUGCGCGGUGGUACGAACUGCACCGCCGUCUCCGCGGGGAGCGGGACCGGAGUCUCGCUGGGGCCAGAGCCGUGCCGAAACACCCUGGACGGAUUCUUGUGUCUGUACGAAUCCUCUUCGGUCUGCGGAGCCGUUCGGAGCGGCGGAGGCACGUCGGUUACGUACAGAACACUGACGGGCUUUGACGUGUUGGAGUCUGAGACGUUUCCCCCGGGGACCCUGGCCCUGGUGGGACGGCCCGGCGAUCAGUACCCGGACUCCAAGCACCUGUGCACGUCCACGUGGUUGCAGUCUCCGUGGCCCUGCGAGGUCUUCCAGGGCGGCUGCGAUUACAGCUGCAACAAAACCUCCAACACCUGCACGUGUCCGGUCGCGCGCUCUCUCCAUCGCAACAACUUCUCCUGCACGGAGCCCACAGCUGCCAGACCCCCGCCUGAGACCCCGCGCUGCCCCGAGGGCUACAAGCCGGCGGCGGACGGCGGACGCUGCGAGGACGUGGAUGAGUGCGCGGAGGCGCUGGAUCUCUGCGCGAACGAGGGCGAGCAGUGCGUCAACCUGGACGGGAAGUACGAGUGCAGGUGCGCGGACGACUUCGUGGAGGAGGACGGCGGCUGCGUCAACACGUCGAUCUGCAUGUUGUGCGAGCACAUGAAGUGCGUCAAGGUCAGCGGGAUGUACCAAUGCGCGUGCAAGGAGGGGUACCGGGUGUCCCCCAAAAACCCCACCGAGUGCGAGCAGGUCUGCAGCCAGAGGGAGUGCCCUGCGAUCUGCAGCAGCAAUACGGCGCCGGAGAAGAAGGACAUGCAGCAGUGCUACUGCCCGCAGGGCUACAUCGUGGACCUCGAGGGCUCCGACGGCUCCGCCACCUGCUACGACAUCGACGAGUGCGAAUCACAGGCGCUCUGCGACCACGAGUGUGAGAACCUGCCCGGUGGGUUCAGGUGUGUGUGCAGGAAAGGCUACCGGCUACAGGGGACUGACAAGUGUGUUCGUCUGCAGCAGGGAGGGGAGGAAGAGGAGGAGGAGGAGGAGAGCGCAUCGGGGUCGCCUCCUGAUCUUGCCAGCACGCCGGUCAGCCUCCAACCGGCCGCCGUGCCGUCUUACAUCAAGGCCGGCAGCGUCCUGGGCAUCGCCGUGUUCCUGGUGCUGUGCGCGGCGCUGCUGGGGUGCCUGGUGAAACACGUGUCGGGACGCUGCGCGUCGCUGAACCUGAACUCCUUAAAACACCCAGACAUCGAUAUUUUCUACCUGCAGCAGGUCUCAACAGAGACCUACAAGAGAUUAUCGUUCGAUAAGCAGUUUAAGAACGACUCGCAAUGAGUCUGAGGGGCGAUGCGCCGAUCAGAUGCCCAUACCGAUGCAAUGUCCGAUUUGUUCGAUGUUUCGAUUUUUCUCUCAAAACAUAAAACCCAACUGUGUUACAAAACUCCAAGGCACAAAACCCGAUUUUUUUUAUUUUUUAUAAAAAUGUAAAAGAAGACAUCAUAUGUUUAUGGACCAAAAUGAUGAUUUUUGGUUAUUUUUUGAGCUGUGAAGCAUUUAAUGCUAAGAAUUGCAGCCUAUUAUUAAUUAGAGAAAAUCGGUGUGUUUUGGUCGGGCUGAUUGGUGAUUCCAGGUUUGUCCUUGGAGAUGGAAAAUAUCCUGAGGCCACAUUAUGUUUAAAAAAAAUGUAAAUCAAAAUUUAAGUGAGAAAUGAAAACAGCUUUAAGAUUUCUGUAUUUGUUUUUUUUUUAAACAGAACUAAAACUAAUUCUGUCCCAUUACAAAAAAAAAUCUUAAAUUAGAUCAGUUUAGUCAGGUACUAUACAGUUUCCAACAUUUCCUGAACAUGCAACAUUCUGUGCACGUAUUUGCUGCAUUUCUCUAGUUUAUUCUGCUUUAAUUGUCUGACGAAGUUACAUCUAAUGUAAAGCUAAAACCAGAUCGAGACUGGAUGUGACUGAAAAAGAAAGAGAAAAAAAAGAGCUGCCUGAUUUAUGGACCUUUGACACCUCAGAUCUUCCCAUUGGGAGAGAAACGCAGCGUGGAAAUCCGGCGGACUGAUGACUGGCGAGUCGUAAAUAUAAAGUGGUAUUUAUGUUAACAGUUAAAUGAAAGCUGGACUUCAGGUUUUUAAUGACCUGAAUUGUGUAAAAAAAAUAAAAAAAGACUGUGUGACGAACGAACUGUGAAAUGACUGUCACUGACUAAACCACUUAGCGUUAGCGUUAGCAUGGUUUGUACACUGCUACUCAUAACCUCACUGUACCAGGCUGAUUCUCACCGGUCAGCUUCAUAUGAAUGUAAAAACUGUGCUGCUAUUACAUGUAUUACAGCUGUAAACAUCUGUACGACAAGCCUUCUUGUAUAAAAUUAUGGUUCACUGUG